AUGAAUUGCAUUCAACACACUCCAUUUUCUGACGCCUUUUAUCUAAAUAUCUUGCAUCUUUCCUUUCAUUAUCUCUUUCUCACUUCGUUUCUUUCUUUUUUAUUUUAUUUUCUUUCUUUUUUCCUUUCUUUCCUUUCCCUUCCUUUCUUCCAUUCUUUCUUUCUUCUAUCCUUUCCUUGUGUCCUUCUUCCCUUUCUCCCAUCCUUCCCCCAUUUCUUUCAUUUUUCUUUUCUUUUCUUUCUUUCUCUCUUUAUUUCUCCACCACUUUCUUUCUCCCUGUCUUUCUUUCUCUCUCUCUUUUUUCUUUCUUUCUUUCUUUCUUUCUUUCUUUCUUUCUUUCUUUCUCUCUUUCUUUCUUUCUCUCUUUCUUUCUUUCUUUCUUUCUUUAUUUCUUUGUUCCUUUCUUUCUUUUGUUCAUCAUUUCUUUUUCUUUUUUCUUUCCUUCUUUCUUUUUCCUUCUUUUUGUUCUUCUUUUCUUCCGUUCAUUCUUUCUUCCAUCUCUUUCUUUCAUAUUUCCUCCCUUUCUUCCAUCCUUCCUCCAUUUCUUUCUUUCUUUCUUUCUUUCUUUCUUUCUUUCUUCAUCCUAAUCUUUCUUUCUUUCUUCUUUUCUUUCUUUCUUUCUUUCAUUCUUUCUUCCUCCUUUUUUUCUUUCUUUCUUUUCUAUCUCUUUUUCUUCAUCCCUUUCGCCCUUCCUUCCUUUUGUCCUUCUUUCUAUCUUUCUGGCUUACCUCUUGA